CUUUCCACAGACCUCUUGCAACACGGAUAGAAACAAGGUGCACAGUUCUCUAUCGAGCUAAGGCCAAAAUCGGCGACGUGUACCAUUUUUCUUUGCCAUCAAGUACUGAUUUCCCAAGAAAUCAAGCCACUAAAUAUCAAAGAUGUCUUCUGAGGACAAUACUUCUGAGCUUGCCUGCGUUUACAGCGCUCUUAUCCUCCAAGAUGAUGAGGUCCCAAUCACGGCCGACAAACUUCAAACCUUGAUCAAGGCUGCUGGAGUUAAUGUGGAACCGUACUGGUGCAGCCUCUUUGCCAAGGCUCUGUCAAGCGUUGACUUGUCUACCCUCAUCGCCAACGUAGGAGCCGGUGGUGGCGGUGGUGGAGCUGCUGCUGCCCCAGCUGGAGAUGCUGGUGGCGAGGCUCCCGCCGAAGAAAAGAAGGAGGAAGUGAAGGAAGAGUCCGAGGAGUCUGAUGACGACAUGGGUUUCGGUCUGUUCGACUAGAAAUCUUGGACGCGCCCUCUGCCUCUCGACACCAUCGCUGCCCAUUCCAAAGCAGGCCACCCAUCAUCGGCAUUUACCAUCACGUCAAAAAGAACGAUGCAUUUAUGAAUAGGAGAGAUAGCUCAUCUCUGUAUCUAAGCCUCUAACAUCAAUGAUCUAUUUAUCAGAGUGAAUAAAUUGCCUUUGUGAGCCAGGCAGUCUUUGAUUUUUUGUGGCAAACGCAA